AGCAGCCGCACAAGUUUAGGCAUCCACAGAUCUCUGCUGUUCUUUUUGUAGAGAUCCGCAACCUUUUGUCUUCGUCUCAGUAGUCUUAUCUCACCACCUCAAUAGCAGAGGGAUAGAACACAAUGAAGCGUCAACGGCGCCGCGACGACGCCGCAGCGGACGAGGAGCACUUCAUCUACCAUGAUGCGAAGAAGACGCGUCAGCUCUUUGACACGAACGGUGAUCAACGCGUGGUGCUCGGCAGGCGUUGUGUCCUGCAGCACUCCGCGGUUAUUUUAGUGAUUGUUCUGCUGGCUGUGCUGCUUGGCUUUAGUUGCUGGUUUUUUCUCAAUGAUGCAUCGUACGACGAAGCCACACUUGCUGGUGCGAGGCCGCCGUUUGCAUAG